AUGGAGGGUUUGUUCUUCAACGCACACAGCGGCUAUGUCGAGGGCAUUGUCCGAGGAUAUCGGAAUAUCCUCCUCACCAGCCAGAAUUAUAACAAUUUGACCCAAUGCGAAACGAUCGAUGAUGUCAAGCUGCAACUCGCUCCCGCAUACGGCGACUUCCUCGCCGCGCUCCCUCCCAACCCCUCCACCUCUGCCCUGGCCGGCAAGAUGACCGAUAAGCUGGUCGCGGAGUUCCGCUACCUUCUCACCCAGUCCACCGGCUCGACCGCCAAGUUCUUGGAAUACAUGACCUACGGGUACAUGAUCGACAACAUCGCUCUCCUUAUCACCGGCACUCUACACGAGCGCGACACCCGCGAGCUGCUGGAGCGAUGCCACCCGCUCGGCUGGUUCGAGACGCUGCCGGUGCUGUGCGUGGCGACCAACAUCGAGGAACUGUACAACUCCGUGCUGGUGGAGACUCCGCUGGCCGCGUACUUCAAGGGCAGCCUGAGCCACACGGAUCUCGACGAGCUGAACAUCGAGAUCGUGCGCAACACCCUCUACAAGAACUACCUGGAGGAUUUCCACUCGUUCGUCACCACACAUCCCGAUUUCAAGGGCACCCCGACGGAAGAGGUCAUGUCGGAGGUUCUGCAGUUCGAGGCCGACCGCCGGGCCAUCAACAUCACGCUGAACUCGUUCGGCACGGAACUGUCGAAGCAGGAGCGGAGGAAACUCUACCCCGAGUUUGGCAAGCUCUACCCCGAAGGAUCGUUGAUGCUGUCCCGCGCUGAGGACCUGGAGGGCGUGACGCUGGCCGUGAGCAUCGCGGCUGACUACAAGGCUUUCUUUGACGCAGUUGGUCUCACUCAGGGCGGUAGUGGCAUGGGCGGCAUGGGCGGCGCUUCAGACGGAAAGAGUUUGGAGGACCUCUUCUACCAGAAGGAAAUGGAGCUGUCCAAGAUUACCUUCACGCGUCAAUUCACCCCGUCGGUGGUCUACGCAUGGAUGAGACUGAAGGAACAGGAAAUCCGAAACGUAACCUGGAUCGCCGAAUGUAUCGCCCAAAACCAGAAAGAGAGAAUUGGCAACUUCAUCUCCGUGUUCUAA